AGAGUAACGUUAUGGCAAUCUUACGGUGUAAAUAUACAAAUCGUUACAGCUGUUGAUACUUCGAGAUAUAGAGACUGUGAAUAUAUAUUAAAAUUUGCCGAAGAACAAGGUCCUGUAGAUGCUAUAUUCAAUCUCGCAGUUGUGUUGAAAGAUGAUAUAUUUAAGAAUCAAUCCCCACAAACAUUCGAAGAAACCUUCGUGUCAAAGGCAUGGACAACGAAAAAGAUGGACGAAUUAUCGAGAACUAUUUGCACUCAACUUCGACAUUUUGUCGUUUUCUCUUCCGUUUCAUGCGGAAGAGGUAACGCAGGCCAAACAAAUUACGGAAUGGCAAAUUCCGUAAUGGAAAGAAUUUGUGAAAGAAAAAAAGAAGGUUUACAUGGUUUGGCUAUACAGUGGGGCGCAAUUGGUGAAGUUGGGCUUGUCGCAGAUAUGCGAGAAGAUGACAAAGAACUUGUUAUUGGAGGUACAUUGCAACAAAACAUAUCUUCUUGUUUGAACACAUUAGAAGUAUUUCUGCUACAAGAUCGGUCAAUUGUAAGCAGUAUGGUUGUUGCUGAGAAGAAAAAAUCUAGCCAAGCAAUGAAUCCACUUGAAGCAGUUGCAAAUAUUAUGGGUCUGAAAAAUUCAAACAUAGUGGCGCCAAAUGUAUCACUGGCUGAACUAGGCGUGGAUUCAAUGAUGGCAGUAGAAAUUAAACAAACCUUAGAGAGAGAAUUUGAUAUUUUAUUGACAGAACAAGAUAUUCGAAACCUCAAUUUUGCUGCGCUUAGAAAAAUGAUAAAUGCAACCGAGCAAGGAAAGACGUAUGAUGUUACUGAAGCUGCUACAAAUAUUUUAGACAGUUUUGAAAUGUUUACACAAAAACUUAAGGAUUCUGACUUAAGUCCAAAUAUUUAUGUAGAACUUGAUACAAAAAGGGAAGUUACUGGAAACAUAAUAUUUCUUAUACCAGGAAUCGACGGAUCUGCAAGCGUAUAUAAACUGAUGGAAUCGAAAAUUAAAUCUAUGGCAAUGUGUUUGCAACACGGUGCAAUUAAUAUGCCGGAUGUUACUCGUUCAGUAAUGAAAUCAGCUGCAUAUCUUCUGCCUUAUGUAAUGGAGAAAAUGAAAGAUCAAAAAGAAUUUUUAAUAGUGGGUUAUUCAUUUGGAUCCUUAAUUGCUAUCGAAUUAGCAAGAUUAUUAGAAGCUAAGAAUUUCAUUGGACGGUUAAUACUUAUAGAUGGAGCACCUGAUUGGACGAAAUUUUUGAAUAAAAAAUAUUUUAAUCAUACUUCGCAACAAGAAUUGCAAAAUGAUAUUUUACUUUAUCUUCUAAAACUAUAUCUCGAAUCUGACAAUAAAAUGAUUGCGUUAGACCUGAAAGAGUGCAGUACAUGGGAGGAAAAAUUAGAACUAAUUACUGCUCGCUUUUCGGAGAAGAUUAAUACGUUAAGUGUUGAAAAUCAAAAACUCUUAUGUACAACGGUUUACGAUCAUAUAAUUGCUGCACAAGAUUAUGAUAUAUCUUCAUUGUCACGCAUAAAAUCAUCUGUAAUAUUAUUAAAACCUACACUUACACCUUUCACUUUUCCUGAAGAGGAUUAUGGUCUACAUAAGGUAACUUUUUUAUUAAAGCGUAACACAUUUUAUCAUUUUUAAGAUAUUUUUUUAAGAGAAAUUACUUUUAGAUUACUGAAAGUGCAGUGCAAAUGCAUUACAUAGAAGGUUCUCACAAUGAUGGACAAAAUAGCAUCAUUUAUUAACGAAACAUUCUAAAAUAAAUAGCUCUGUGGAUGCUUCGCCGAACAAAUAUCGAUUAGUUGGAGGAGGUGCAGGAAAGGUGGUCCAUGGGUAAAAUGCGGUAUUUUGAUAUAACGGUUUAUUAUAACUAAAUAAUGGAAUAAAAUAUAAAGAAAAAAAUGUUCGUCUUUUUAUUGCGAUGUUAGAUCUGGGACUGACUUUGUAGUCGCGCGGAAGAAUGUCAAGUGCUCCCUCGCCCGAUCCACUUGAACGCGUCAAAGCACGACUCGAUAUCACCGAAACAUUGCACAAAGAUCGAAUUUUUUAAAAAUUUCGAUUGCUUGGGUUAGAAAUGUCGAUGAACAACGAAAGAGCUCGUCAACGACCCAACAAACUCUGUAUCAAUAUUAAAUUAUUAGUUAAAUGAUA